AUGGAAGAAGAAUUAAAGCCCGUUGUUGGUCAGAAGUUCCAAUCAUUAGAUCUUGUGUUCGCGUUUUAUGAUGUAUAUGCCCGCGCUGUUGGUUUUGAUACGCGCAAACAAGGGAUGAGGAAGGUGGACGAUGUUACAACGUGGUAUUAUGUCGUAUGCAAUAGGGAAGGCCAGAAGAAGUCUAACGAGGAUGACCAAUUGAAUGCACGUUCUGGUUUCUCAAUGAAGCACCGAAGGUUAUCCAGGCGCCGUGGUUGUAAAGCGAGUAUAUCAUUCAAGUACUUCUCUGAAAGAGGACAUGCAUGUUAUAUAGUACAGGAUUUCAACGAGGUUCAUAACCGUGAUAUGGUUGAGUCAGAGCAUCAGCAUUUUAUGUCCAUUAAUCGUCCUUUGGAUGAUGUUCAUCAGAAAUUCAUACUUGAUUGUUCAAAAGCGAAUAUUGGCCCCAUACUUACAUUUAAGGUGUUGAAGGAAACUCUCGGUGUGUUUGACCUUAUCAGUUGUACGGUUGGUGAUAUUAGGAAUGUUUCACGGGACAUCAAAGCAUACGCACAUGGAUUCGAUUUGCAAAUGGUGUUGGAUGACAUGGCUAAGAAGAAGGAAAUGUCCGAGUCGUACACAUAUUACUACGAAGUUAAUGAAAAAAACCAGUUGGUUACUCUGUUUUGGUGUGAUGGUUUGAUGAAGAGGAAUUACCACAUGUUUGGUGAUAUUGUAGCCUUUGACUCCACGUAUAACACAAACAGAUCAAUGAGAGCAGCCAUUGAAGAGGUUCUAGUUGGCACGCGACACCGAUGGUGUAUGUGGCAUGUAAUGCAUAAGUUGGCCACCAAGGUUCCAAAUAGGUUGUUGAGGGAUGACGAUUUCAAGAAGGAAUUUAAUGCAUGCGUGUGGUCAGAUCUCCUUGAGCCCGACGAAUUCGAAGAGGAGUGGAAAAGAGUUGUGGAAUGUCAUGGGUUGGAAGACUUUGACUGGUUCAACACAUUGUACGAGUAUAGGCAAUUCUGGAUACCGGCAUUGUUUAGAGAUUUUCCUCUGGGUUCGAUGAUUAGGACUACGUCCAUUUCCGAUUCGGAGAACAGUUUCUACAAAAAAAUUUUGAAGCCACGUGCAAACAUAGCCGAAUUCUACCUGAAUUUCAACCAUGCUGUUGAAUUCCAACGGAACAGUAGAACAACCUUAGACUACCACGAUGCCGUUGUUUUGCCCAUUUUGGCCACUACGUUAUCAUUCGAGAAACAUGCUUCAACGCUAUACACCGAUACUAUGUUCAAGAAAAUACAUGAAGAAAUCGUUGAGGGUAAUGACAGAUGUCGCGUGCUAGGUUUUUCUUUGAUAGAAUUUGUUGACACCUAUAAGCUUAGGGACAGCAAUCGCAAUUCGUAUUCGGUCUCUGUUGUUGACGAUUGGCAAACUCUGUCAAAUCAAGGCAUUUCGAUGUUCUACAGUUUCCUUCGGCGAUUUGAGGGGGACAUUGAAGUGGUUCGGGCAUUUGUAGGUGGUGUGGAAGAACUUGGUAAUUCUCUUCAAGCUGGGAAUCCUACAACGUUCGCAUCUGAAAAAAGGCGAAUGAUUGAAGAGUUUUAUGGUAUGGUGCGCCCUGAAGUUGUUGAGGUCCAUCCUCCAAAUGUUGUCAAGACCAAGGGGCACGCAAGCAGCUCAUCGAGCUGUCUGAUUUCGAAGAUAGAAAAGGCUCUAAAGGAUGCUAGUAGGCCUCUUAGAUGGUGUAAGGCAUGUGAUGAGAUGGGCCAUCAUGACUUUAGAAAUUGUCCAAUGCUUAAAGAGAUGGCGAUGGAGAAAGAGUUGGAGAAGGGCAAGCGUCCGACUUGA